UCUUUCUGUCUUUCCUUCCUUGGCCUUGGCCCACACAUUUCACUGAUUGGACCUGACGGAGUCGUCUGAUUGGUCGAUCCUGUCUCCACAGUUUAACCCGGGUCUGGUUCUGGUGUCGGCCGGGUUCGAUGCAGCUCGGGGGGAUCCGCUGGGCGGGUAUCACGUGACCCCCGAAGGAUACGCCCACCUCACACACCUGCUGAUGUCACUGGCCGGGGGGCGGGUCCUACUCAUACUGGAGGGAGGUUAUAACUUGUCAUCCAUCUCUGACUCCAUGGCAAUGUGCACCAGCGUGUUGCUAGGAGACCCUCCUCCCUCCUUGGUGACGCCCCUCCCUCCUCCUCACCACAGCGCCGUGGCAACGAUCCACUCCGUCCUCCGACACCACGCCCCCUACUGGAGGUCCCUGAGGAUACACCUACCCGAGUCUGUGCGGACGUCCCUCCCCUCCCUGAAGCAUCGUGGGAAACGUAGUUCUAAAGGGAAAGGCAGGAAGUCAGAGCCGAGCGGCACGGACAAACCCCCGCUGCCCCCUACAGGAGUGGAGGACACGACGACGGAACGCGGUCUGGAGCAGCUCACUCAGGGAUUGGCCAGUUUGGAUAUAAGUCAAGCCAAUCGCACUUCUGCUACGUCCACCCCUGUGGGCGGGGCCAGGCCGAAGGUCCGCCUCAUUCUCACCUGUGAAGAGGAAGUAAAGACGGAGUCAGGGGACGUGAAGGCGGAGCCAGGGGACGUGAAGGCGGAGUCAGGGGACGUGAAGGCGGAGCCAGGGGACGUGAAGGCGGAGCCAGGGGACGUGAAGGCGGAGCCAGGGAACGUGAAGGCGGAGCCAGGGAACGUGAAGGCGGAGCCAGGGGACGUGAAGGCGGAGCCAGGGGACGUGAAGGCGGAGCCAGGGGACGUGAAGGCGGAGCCAAUGGGCAUUGGGGCGGGGCCAUGGGAUAUGAAGGCGGGGCCAGUGGACAGGGAGGCGGAGGCAGGGGACGUGAAGGCGGAGUCAAUGGAUGUGACACCUGAGCUGAGCCAAUCAGCAGAGAGCACGCUGCCCCAGCCUCAGGCUGUUGCCGUGGCAGCUUCAGAGCCCGUUGCCCCCGGAGACUCAUCCGCAGGUGGAGCGGGGGCGGAGCCAGAGACCGAGGGAGCGUGUGGUUGGUCGAAGCCGAAGACGUCCCUGGAGCUGACGUGUGGAGGACAGACAGACACCCCUCUGUACGUGGUGGACCCUCUGUCCUGGUGUCCCCACCUGGACGCUGUGAAGCCCCUCCCCCCCACAGGUAUCAACGUCUUCCAGCCGUGUGAGGACUGCGGCUCGGACACUGAGAACUGGACCUGUCUCACCUGCUACCAGGUGACCUGUCCCUCGCUGCCUUCCCCCUGUCUUCCCCUUUCACCCCCUUUCUCCCCCCUGACAACAUGA